GUGCAACGCAUGUAGAAUGCGAAGCGAAUUGGUUUCAGUCAGAAAUGGACUUUUCUAAGAGACGCGCGCGCUUACACGACACACAGUUCUCAACACUACAAAUUUUUAAUAACCUCCAAGGGGUUAUAUAACAUGAAAUAAAUACUUAAUUAAAUAGUGAGCUUGAAAAAGCGAAAAUUAUAAUGAGUGGCAACGAAUAUUACUUUGAAAUGCAUCGUAACUCCUACGAGUACGAACAGAAUUACGACAACGACUCGAAAAUAAGUCCGGAUGCUUACGAAAGUGCAAGUGAAAAUUUACUUACGGAUUAUGAAGUUGUGAGUAACGAGGAGGGCGAUGGAGUGGACGAUAGAGGCGGUGUAGCCUAUCGAAAAUUGCGUCGCGAAAAAACCGAAAGUGCACUACUCAGCCAAAGCUCCUGUCACAGUUUAUCAAGUGCUGAACGUGGUGUGAAGGGACACGGAAAAUUACAUUUAAGUUUGAGUGCUGAAAAAAUAUCGUUAAAAUCUCAGUCGGAAAAAAUCGAUAAGUCCAAUGCGUCACUGGAAACGGAAAUUGCUGUGAAACAAAAGGAAACUGUCGCAAAUCGAGAACGUUGUGUGCGUACGGCAAAGACAACGAGCGCGAGUGGAUUUUGCCCACGACACAGACGACAACAACAACAACAGCAACCGCACCAGCAAAAGUUGGGAGAGAAGAAUAAAGCAAAACAAUAUACACCAAUCAACUUUACCAUAGUGCCUAUUAACGUGGCGGCACAGAGACGCUGUAACGGGCUUAAGCAAAUCGAGGAUGGACGCGAUUUACCAGAGAUUGUGCUAACAUCCUUCGAACAACAACAGCAAGGCGGAAGGUCAUCAUCAGCGCUAGAUGCGCCGCGACGAGACACGCAAACCAGUAGCAGAGAAAGCUUACUUGAAAAACACCAACAAUCACAACAAUAUCGCAGUACAAUGUUAUCGAAAGCCACCAAAGUUGUAGUGCCCAUUCCACCGCCACUACCACCUCCAACGCUAUUACCGCCACCACCCCUGCCGUCGCCCUCAACAACAACUGGCGGACUGACAAAAGCAAAGAAGGUCACACGCUUUUCUCGUGCGCCUGAAUUCACAAAUAAUCACUUUGAGCUCGUAUCAGCUACAGCAACAGCACACACCUCCUUCCCCGUGCCUGUUAUGGCAAACACCAAAUUAGCGGAAGCAGAGGAUACGAGCAUAAGCGAAAUUAAUUCACAACCCGGCAGCUCCACUUCACCCGAAUCACUAAUGGAUAAUAUCUUGAGUGCAGCGUCCUCAGUUUCUGUGCGCAGCAGUAGUCUAAGCAGCGCUGGUGGAGCUAGCGGUGGUAGUGGUGGUAGUGGUGGUGGAGGCGGCAGCGAAAUUCCAAAAAUUGUCAAUGUCACACCAAGUGGAAGUGUGGAAGCGCUUAAUGAUGUGCCACAUGUUGCUAUCGAAGCCGUCGUAAUUGAGCGACAACAACAACACCAACCACUCACAUUACAGACAAACGAAUUGCACGAUAAUCGCUCAUUGAACUUAAAAUCUCCUGGCUCGAGGGGCUUGUCGCCGUCGUUAACAAUUCCCAGUGAAAAGCAAAUCGCAACAGCAGCACUCACACCUCUUCCUCCCUCAACAACUUUGCCACGAACCUUAAAUACAUCGUUACAAAUAUUAUCGCCAGCGCGCACUUCAACGUCAUCCCCCUCUCCCUCCCAUUCGGUGCGGGCAUUUGGCGCUCGGUUGUCGUCGACGCGUACACUCCAGCCAAGCGAGCUAAUCGAAGCGUCAGCAAAUCGUUCAAGAAGUCCAUCGCCUAGUUCCAGUAUUCUGAAUCGGGUAACUCCAGAUUUAUCAUUGUUUUCGGACGAUUUGAAAUGUCGCAUCUGCAACAACGUAUUCCAAGAUCCACGCACUCUGAAUUGUUUACACUCGUUUUGUUUCCAAUGCUUGGUGGAUGAGAAUUUCAUACAAGACUCAAGCAUACCGUUUUGGUCGCAACCUGGCGCCGAGGAGCACGAUUGGAAAGCUUCCGACAAGUCCAACUAUAGCGUGCCUUCGUCCUCACCCGAAAUGUCCGUGCGCAGUGGCUCUACUUCACCGUCCCGUCAACGACAAUCCUCUUUCAGCUUCAAACGCAAGAAGUCCCUCGAGCGAAUCUUACUAAAAGUGCGGUCCAAGUCAGAUGGCAGGAGCUCGGAAAGCUCUUCCUCAAUACGCCUAACCGCUCCGCCCGAAGAACGCCAACGCUACAUCAGUUGUAAGACUUGCAAAUUUGCUACUGCAAUACCUGUGGGCGGCAUAAGACAGUUACCCCAAAACUUUCUACUCGUUCGAAGAAUCGAAGCAAUCAAGCAAGAGCUGGGUGACGAGGUGAUCACAAAGGUUUGGUGUAGUCUUUGUUUCGAGGAAACAAAUGCGACUUAUCACUGCAUUAACUGCACGUUAAACCUCUGCACGCUCUGUAAGGAGUCGCACGAGCGUCAACGCAACACAGCCGAUCACCGCAUACGAAAUAUAAUUGAGUUGAGACGCGCGCGUAAAAAACAACAAACACUCUUCGAAGAUAAAGCGAGCUUCACACUGAAAUGUGGCAUGCAUCCCGGUUUUGAGAUGAAAGCCUUCUGUCACAAUUGUCUGCAGAUCGCCUGCUCUGAUUGUCUUGUACUUCUACACAAAGGUCACAAACAUGAGCCGAUACCAAAAGCUUUCGUUAACUACUCUAAACUACUACACGAUGCUGUGAAUCACACGCGUCCCCUUUCUCACUAUGCCCAGCUCUCGGUUGAGCGCAUGAGUGAGAUCGCUAAACAAAUAAAUAAGAAAUGUGAUGACAUACAAGCUCAGAUAGAGGCAUUCAUGCGUCAGUACUUCGAGGCCAUUGAAGUACAUCGCAAGACGUUGUUGCAGCAGGUGCAUCGAGCACGCGAGUCGAAAGUUGAGAUGAUACUCGAGCAGCAGUUGGAUUUGGAAAAACGCAACAAUGAAGCCGUGGAUGCCUUACGUUUUGCUCAAGAGCUCACCGAUUGUGGUUCCGAUGUCGAAGUGCUUUCGUUUCUAAACAUCUUACUUAAACGUUUCGAAUAUUGCCAGCAGUUUAAAAUGCCAGCUGAUCCAAAGUUCACAGAUUCCCUACACUUUCUACCACAUAUACGCGCACCCGCGAUGAGGGCCCAGAAUGAUAUACCACUUUUCGGUAUUAUAACGAUGCAAACCGUUGAACCUGCGUUGUGUUCGCUGCAAUGGGAGGGCUUCACACAAUUGCGUCUACAUAAACGUGUCGAGCUACUGCUGCAGUCGCGUGACUCUGACGGUGCGGGUUUAUGUCAUGGCGGCUUACAAAUACAGGCCUUACUUAAGUACAAAGAAGCAAACUCAAAAUUCUUGCCCGUCGAGAUCGCCGACAAUCGAGAUGGCACUUAUGGCAUUGGUUUUACGCCCGACGCCGAGGGCACGUUAGUGCUGACAAUAACUAUAAAUGAUAAGCCCAUUAAGGGCAGUCCUUUCGCAUUCCUCGCACUCAAUGUACGUCCGCACAGCGGCGUAUAUCAUUGCUGCACCUUCUGCUCGAGUAAGGGUAAUAAAUUGGUGAAAUGUUCCUGUGAUGGACGUAUGCCAGGUUACAAUGGUUGUGGUCAUGGACAUGCCGGCCAUCCGGGUAGUCGACAUUGGUCCUGUUGUGGGAAUAUCCUGCAGAGUUCGGAGUGUAAUAUGGCAAAUAUGUUGAUGAAUCCAUGAAAUUAUUUAAACAAUAAAUAAGAAAUAUCGA